CUCCACGAAACAUGGAUUGUGGCGACAUGAGUUGAUUAUGCGAUUUUUCCCUUCUAAUGUCUAAUGAUUAUUUGUGUUUGUGAACACGAUGACUUUCUGUAAUCGCGCUGCUGUGCUCGCGGCGUUGUCAGUUAUAUUGACGGCUGAUCUCGGGCGGUUUGCGGCAGCAGAUGAUCAGACACACAGUAAAAGCGAUGAGAACUCUGACAGUAAUAGAGCUGUCAGUGAUGUAUAGGAUCAGAAUACUGCUGAUGGACAGCUGUUCAGGUAUCUGUAUUAUAUUGGUGCACCUGCUGAUCAAAUUCAAGCUUCACUUUUUGCCUGAGAGUGUGGCUGUGGUUUCGCUGGGAAUUCUGAUGGGCGCGUUCAUCAAGAUCAUCGAGUCACAGCAGUUGGCCAACUGGAAGGAAGAAGAGAUGUUUCGUCCCAAUAUGUUUUUCCUAUUACUUUUACCGCCAAUCAUUUUUGAGUCUGGAUACUCAUUACAUAAGGGUAAUUUCUUCCAAAACAUAGGCUCAAUCACAUUAUUUGCCGUUUUUGGAACAGCGAUCUCAGCCUUCAUCGUGGGAGGAGGAAUCUAUUUCCUGGGACAGGCUGAUGUUAUUUACAAGAUGACAAUGACUGACAGUUUUGCCUUUGGGUCUCUGAUCUCCGCCGUGGAUCCAGUCGCCACUAUCGCCAUAUUUAACGCUCUGAAUGUGGAUCCUGUGCUCAAUAUGCUGGUGUUUGGAGAGAGCAUCCUGAAUGAUGCAGUGUCCAUCGUGUUAACAAACCCUACUUUUGAAGCUGAAAUAAUGAGUGGAUUAAGCUUGGACUUGGAAUAACGAGAGGAAUAACAUCGAUAACUUUCUUGUCUGAGGAUUGUAAUGCAUCACAGGCAGUCAGGUACAAGGAAGAGAGACUACGGCUACUUAA